AUGACAUUCGCAACUCGUGAAUUCAAGAGGGCCGCGCGAAUCAUCCUCAUCGGCGCCCCCGGCGUGGGCAAGGGUACCCAGACAGAACGGCUACUCGCCAAAUUCCCGCAGUUGGCCUCGAUCAGUUCCGGGGACCUCUUGCGAGAAAAUGUUCGAAAUAAGACGCCUUUGGGAGUCAAAGCCGAAGCGACCAUGCAGUCGGGGAAUCUCGUCCCCGACUCCCUGAUACUAGACCUCAUAUCUGCCGAAUUUCGAUCCAAGGGCUGGCUCUCCACCGCGCCAACCCCGACGAUAUCCCCCGCGGCUUCAUUCAUUCUGGACGGCUUUCCUCGCACCGCUACCCAAGCCUCCACAUUGGAUUCCCUCGUCCCCGUGAACUUUGUCGUCCAUCUUGUCACGCCGCCGUCUGUUAUUCUCUCCCGGAUCGCCUCGCGCUGGAUUCACGAGCCCUCCGGCCGGGUCUACAACACCGACUUCAAUGCACCCAAAGUUCCCGGCAAGGACGAUGUCACCGGCGAGCCUCUGACACAGAGGGAAGACGACUCGAUCGACACGUGGAAACAGCGGCUCCACAAGUUCGAGGAAACAAGCAAGGCCCUGAUCGACCAUUACCGGCGAAAAGGCUGUCUAUGGCGAGUGGAGGGCAACACGAGCGACGAGAUCAGCCCUAGACUUUUUGCAGAGAUCGAGCGGAGAUUCUGUUGA